AUUCUGACCCAGUAAGCAAAAGAAUGCCAAACCAUAAAUAAGAAAUGAACAAAAAUACAUACAAGAGUUUCUAUGAAAUUAGAUACAAAUAUCACAUUUACUCAUUUUUGAAAUUUUAAUUGUUUUCAACAAGUGAAAGAAUAACUAAUAAAAAUGAUGUACAUGGUUCACAACAGAAAGGAAUGCUAGGAAGGAGAUGAUAAAAAGUAGAUGUAUAAGCCAAAUGAACAGAUUAAAAAGGAACGUAUAUACUGUAGACGAUGAAUGCAUUGCCUUCAGAAGUUAACAAUUUAUGGGUUAAAUAAAAUAGAAUAGGAUCAGCAAUAUAUAUCAGCUAUUAGAAAGGAAAAGGGGAGAGCUGGACAUUUAAAAACUAGCAAAAGUUCAACCUAAUUUUUAUUAUUAAAGCAUAAGUAUUAUCAAUUUGAUAAUUCAAGGUAAAUACAUUUAAAAUAUUAUUUGUAAAAUUAAUAUUAAUAGUCAUAUAGUUAUCAACAAUAAACAGCUUGAAUUUUUCAAAAGGAUUAUACAUUUCUACAUAUUCAAUAGGAUAAAGGUAACAUACAUUUUGUAUGAUUAACUCUUCCAGAACUAUCUGUAAUAGAUGCCCAAUGUUUAGAUUUCUUGUUCAGUAGUUCUUGAAAUUUGCAAAAGGAUAUAAAAUGGAAAAAUCCACAGAUCCAGAGGAUUUAUGAAUUGGCAAACACUUUGAAAAUCAGAUGUGUUUUUAUCAAUUUCUAAACAAAAGUUGAAUAUGUGAGAAAAGAUACACCUUUCUGGAAGGAACUAUCCAAAGAAAUAUUAUAACUAAACAAAGAGUAGAAUAUGUCUCAGAAUACUAUUAUUACAUACUUUCAAAGGAGAAAAUAUUAAAUUACAUAAUAAGGACUUAUUUAGUAACUAAAAUAAUUAGUUAACAGUGGAUGUCGGUAGACAAUUUAGCAACUGAGAAACAAAUGCCUUCCUUCCAAAAGCUAUUGAUAAAAUUCAAAUACUAAGUUCACAGGACUUUCUACUUUUAUCAAGUCUGAAUGGUUACAUACACAGCUGUAGGUUUGGCAAAUCUAGAGAUUUAUGGCAACCAUGAAAGAAUUUUGAUUUAUGUUGUAAAUGGAUUUGUUUUAAAAAAUAAUUUAUAUGGCCACCUAAGAGACUGUGAUUCUGAUUCUGAGGUGACAUACAAAUAUUAAUAUUAUAUUAGCUAAAAUACUGGCUCAAGCGCAUUUUUGGAUGAGAUUCACUUUUUCACGCAAAAAUAAAGGUUUUUGUUCCUUUUUUGUCCUCCAAAUUGUUUUGCUCACCAUUGAAUUUCAUGUACCAAUUGAUUACAUCUACUUCUUUCAACUAUUUGUUUUUCUUCUACUAGAUAAAUUAGAUUAGGAUUAUUAACCAAUGGUUGACAGUUCAUUCUACAAAUUUAAGUUAUUGCUGUAAUCACAAUGUCAUAUCGCAUCAAUUAUGUCCACUGUGGGCAAAAUCCUUUGGGACAUGACAUUUUGAUACCAUAAAAAGAAACAAGAGUUAAAAUCAAAUUUUAUCCUAGUUUAUUGCUUGCCCAGUUCUGUUUAUGAUGGCCUGAAAAAAAGCCUGAUGUUAAACAAAAAAUUCAGGGUUGCAACAGACCUACCAUUUCACAUUUCAUGUAUCCACCUUUCAUUACUCUCAAAUACAUAUUUAGAAUUCUAGGCUAGGAAGGGAUUUGGAAAGAUUUACAGGGUUAGGUGGUGGUGAAGGACAAUUAAAAAAGGCAGUGAUGGGGGAGGGGGACAGGCAAGUGGGGAGAGUUGAAGCAGAGAUGACUGAGGCAGAGGAAAAGUGUGAGGACAUCACUUAACAAAGAUGCAGUCUUUGCCUAAUGACCAUAACCAAUCUCCUUGGUGAGAGAAAUUCUGGUUCCUGUUUGGAUCUUUGAGUGAGUCUGACAACAAUACAAUUUGAAUUGCUGUCAGAAGCUACUGGACUUAAUUGGAAUUGACUUAUUGUAAAAUUUGUAACAUCCUUUUCUUCAAUUAGUGUAUUCACAUCCUGUUUCUCCAUUUUCUUUUUCUUUAAUGGAUGUUUUUAUUUUGCACUACAUUACUAUGAUAUGUGACCAAUAAAUGUUAUUUUAAGCUGCUGGUCUAAGGCUUCAAUAAAGUUUUAUCUGUCUAGGCCCCCAAUUUUAAGAUGUGUAGUCUUUGACUCCAGUUGUGGGAUUCAAAUGUGUGAACAACCGGUUCUCUGUGUGGAUGCCACUUUUAGAAGUCCAUUCUGGGCCUGGGCAACAAAAAAAAUUAGCUAUUAGUUCUGCCAAACUGGUACGAGCUGGCAGAAUCCCACCACUGAUCCACUCCAAGAAUUCCCUAGCCUGCAGUUAUACUAUCUCCUCUACAAUCCAUGUUCCCUCCCAAUAACAAUAUAUAUAGCUUUUUAAUAACAAAACGUAUAUAAAUCUGACGAAUAGUUUCUAUACACGUGAUAAAAGUUCUCCGAUAUAGGCCAUUCUUCUUGAUAAAAGGGAAGUUUAAAUUUUAUCUCCAAAUUUGCUAUUGGUUUCCUUUUCCAGUCCAAAUCUGGCUUCCGCGUGCAGAAAUUAUGCAUUCCAUUCAGACAUUUUGCCAUUUGGAACACUCAAAGCCUCCCAUUUUCCCGCAGGAAACAGUUGAUACGAGAAAAAUCAAUGCCUGUUUUUUAAAAAAGACUUCUGUGGGAUGCCAGGGGAGGCAAUCCGGGUGGAUAAGAAAAAAAAUGAUAAUACCAGGUCGCAAUUGCGCAAAGCCCACAGUAACACCACCAGAACGCUCGGCUUUCGUUUUCAUCACAAUGAGCAGCGUUAACUCAACCCGGAAGCUAAGCCUUUGUUUUCGAUCUGGAAGCGUCUGAAGGAUCUGAGGUCACGUCUCGUUUCCUGUUUGGGGUCGGAGGUCGGCGAUUUCUUCUAUUCUCUAUGGCCGGUGCCCGGGCGCUGGGUGAAAGUGGCAGGGGUGGUGUAGCCGCCAUGGACUAUUCAGUACACGAGGCUUGGAACGAAGCCACCAACAUUUACUUACUGGCGGUGCUGGCCAGCUUGGCCCUGUUGGUGUACGCCCGCAGAAAUAAGAGGAAGAUUAUGAGGAUUUUUACAUUACCUCCAACUGUAGAAAUAUCUGAACCAAAUUUUUAUGACAGCAUGAAAAAAGUCCGUCUUCGGCAGCAAUUAGAGAUGUAUUCUAUUGCAAGGAAAUAUGACCACCAGCAGCAACCACAGAAACAGACUGAUAGUGUACAGCUUUUGGUGGAAUGAAGUUUUGAAUAUUUGCUGAGGAUGCCAGAGCAUUGAUGAUAAUCAUUUGCAGUGCAACUUUAAUGGUAUAUAAUAUUUUUUAAAAUGUGCACUAAUUGCAUAAACUAUGUUUUGACUAUGAAUUUGUGUGUUACUCUAAUAAUAGUUCUCUAACAUCUGAAAAAUAUAGUAAUCUAUUCCAGUCUUAUUUCUUAAUUUGUAUUCAUUCCCAAUAAAAAUAUGAGCAUGGAGAUGAUCACUGCAGUUCCUGCAGUUGUUUCAAGUCUUCAUUUAAAGAGGGAUAGAGGCACAUACUAUUUGAUGUGGCAUAAUGCUGCAAGUAAUUCAACUACUUCUAUAAAUGAACAGUUUCAUGUAGUGGGACUUUUAAUAAACACUGCACUCAGUGAGGCAGAUAUAUUGAAUUGUAAUGUGCAACUGAAUAUGCAUAAAAAGAUGAAAAGUUUAGGAAAAGUAUUUCUGUAUACAGCAAUUAGAACAGAAAUUAGAGUAAGGAACAAACAGUUCAUUCUAUCAGUAUGAUGAAAAAGAAUAUUUUUGCACUUAUCCUUUUAAUUGUUUCCCUUUUAUUCUCUCUAUUGAAUUCUGAAAUUAUAAUUUAAGAAAUCUUCAUCUGAUAAAUGACUAUACACUGUAGUAGUAGUUGUAGUAUUUUAUGAGUGGGGUGCAACUUACCAUUUUAGACCUACAGCUGGAAUGCUAAAAGAGGAUUAUAUAAGUUGGAAUUCAGAUAACAGCACUAUUUUUGACUUAUAAUGGAUAAAUAUUAAUUAUUUGUUGGUUUAUCAAACACAUCAAGCAAAAUUAACAGUGGAAAUAGAAAAUCAUUAAAUGCUUAAAUAUUUGCAGUAUAUUUUAUUUGGGCAUGUCUGAAAGGUUUUAAUUGAUUGAAUUUUAAUUUACAUCUUAAACAUGGACAAUAUUUUUUUCAAUAAUAGACAAUAAUUUUGGUUAUUAAAUGGCCAGUUCUCUCUCUCCUAAUGUCUUUGUAAGUUUAACUUCUGAAUAUAGCAACAGUUGCUAAAUUUUGCAACCACUAAUUCCAAUUCUGAGAUUCUUUGGGUACAGCACUAAAAUAAUUGUUACUCCAAAAGGCGAUUGACCAAUUAGAUUGCAGAAAGUUAGAGUAAUAUAUUUUUUCCUACUGUUUUGAUUAGUACCAUGUAAUUAUUCUUAUGAGGAUUUCUUUCUGUAUUCUUUUGUAGUACAGUCCAGAUGAUUUAAAUCUGAAUAUAAGCUUUAUGCUUAUACUAGUGUAAUCAUAAAAGAUGCCUGUCAUACUAUUAAGAAAUGAUGCUCACAUUUGAAGUUGCAAGAAUUGUCCCUCAUUUGCACUGAUUACUGUAAGGUAUUAACUUUAUGAGCCAUCUGAACAAUGUAGUAGAAAUAGAAGACAAGUGAGAUAAAUACAUUUCUCAUGGUUGACCUGAUCUGUACACCUUGCUAAGUUAUGGUGUUUGUUUUUCUAGUUGUCUUUGAGUUAUGUCAAAAUACAUCCUGUAUUUUAUUAAAGUACAUCCUGUUAUGUUCUGUAUGUGAUAUAUUUGAAAAUAACACCACUUUCCUUGUACCAUUAAAUCUGUUAAAUACCA